GCAGAAUUUUCCUCGGGAAAUGCACUCGUAUUCUGCUACAAGCAUUUUCCCUCGUCAGCAUAUUGCACAAGAGUCAUGUUCUGAUCCUGUGCAGUGUAGUCUCAGACUCUUGAUGCUAUUUAAGCAAUAAAUGGAUCACUCUGAUCCAAGCACAUCCACCCAACCGGCGUGCAAUAUGAAUACUUUAGGUGAUGGACUGUUCCAUUAGCGCCCACAGGGGAUGGGGAAUCAGACGGGUAUUAGUUGGUGCCUUUCCCUUAUCCAUUCGCCCAAGACACGCUACAAAGCCGAUUUCUGGAGGCUCAAACUGAGGCUCAACCGAGACCACGUGUUUCGGCAAGGGCCGCCUUCCAACCACCAAAGCACGACAUGAACAGCGCGGUUCGCUCUUCGUCUUCGCAGUUGAGUAGAUCAAUAUCAUGUCCUCUGUCCAGAGCCCUUGCUGCCCAGAAGAGGCAUGCAUCGCAUGGGACUGACUAUAACGAGCCCUCCGGGCAUAUCUUUGGUGAAAAGCCACCGCUCCCCGGACAAAAGCGCAAGAAAGAAGAUUGGGAAUACAUCUGGUAUUGGGGAAUGUUUGGCUCUCUGGCUCUCGCCUCUGUCGGUCUGUAUUAUAAGCCUGACACUAGUAUCUCGCAGUGGGCUCUUCACGAGGCGAAACAGCGGAUGGAGGCUCGCGGAGAGCCAACAGAAUACCGUCCAUCAUAAUUAUGCUGUGGAUCAUUCCUGAGGACCGCACAAUCUGGUUGGCGGUCCGCUAGAAUUGUCAGACUUCCCAUCCUAUUUCCUAUUCUAUGAGCAACGGGAUACUGUUGCGUUGUACAAUAAUAUAAGCACCUGCGAUAUUCUGCUGGCACAUACACAGCGACGAGCGGCAUGAUAUCUGUG